AUUUGCUAUCAAUCCCAGGCAUACAAGAGAAUCCGAUAUCACACAUGGUUUUUCAACAGAAUAAGAGAAUCAAAAAUCACUUACUGUUGAAGAAUGGGCUAAAGAAGCAGCAGAUUGCCGGGGGAAGGCAAGCGUCGUAUGCGUCGGGUCCUUUGGAAACAAAUCCUUGGGGUAUUUCUCUGUCUUCAAUAUCUCUAAAUUAAAAUAAGGGCAUAAUUGUCAAAUAGACUGUAAAUUUCAGUGGAGUAUAAAAAUAUCCGUGGAAAAAUCAGCUCCUUAAACCCUUGAUUUAGAAGCGUAGAACCCUGAAAACUGACCAAUACGCCGGCGGAAGGCAAGAUAGAGGAUGAUGAUCAUCCGCUGCCGGAGCCGGAUAUUAUUCGGCGAAACGUCGACGCUGCUGCUGAGAAUGUUUUGUACGAUGGUGGAAGAAUCAAAUGCUGCUGCGGUUGACCUUGUGUCGCCACCACGUAAAGAAUCCGCAGAUGAAAAGCGGUUAUACAGAAGGCUGUCGGCGUUGGGAGCCACGGGUGGGACAGUCGCACAAACAUUAAAUCAAUACAUUAGAGAGGGUAAUUUCAUUAAGAAGAUUGAGUUAGAGAGAUGUAUCAGGGAACUUCGCAGGUACGGCAAGUACCACCACGCUCUUGAGGUAAUGGAAUGGAUGGAUAAGAGGGAUAUCAACUUUUCCAACACCGACUUUGCAGUGCGUUUGGAUCUUAUAUCGAAGGUCCAUGGUGUGGGUGCAGCUGAAGAUAAAGCAUUGGCUCUUUUUAAGGAAAUUGAAGCCAAGAACUUCACCACCCCUUUAGCUUUCAACAAUCUAAUGACCAUGUAUAUGGGACUAGAGCAGCCUGAAAAAGUCCCUCCUUUAGUGGAAGAGAUGAAGAAAAGGAAAAUCAAUUUAAGCAACUUUACUUAUAACAUCUGGAUGCAUAGCUGUUCGCUUUUAGGAGAUAUUGAGGGGGUAGAGAGGGUUUUUGAGGAAAUAACAAAGGAAAAAAAAGAGACUUGUAAUUGGACAACUUACAGUAACAUUGCUGCAGCUUAUGUGAAAGUAGGUAAUCAUGAGAAAGCCUUGUCUGCUCUAAAAAUGCUUGAAAAUGAGAUGGGCCUGGGCCACCCUUCACGUGAGGCUUUCCAUUUUCUUAUAACGUUUUUUGCUGCACUUAAUAAUCAAGAGGAAGUUCAUCGCAUAUGGAAUCUUCUAAAAUCGUCAUUCGAAACAAUGAGUAACAUGAGUUACCGGAUUAUGCUUCAGGCUCUUUCUAAAGUGGAUGAUCUGGAUGGAUUGAAGAAAUGUUUUGUAGAAUGGGAAUCGAAUUACUCAUAUUAUGAUAUGCGUGUGGCUAAUGCUGUUAUAAGUGGUUAUUUAAGACAUGGCAUGGUUGAAGAAGCUGAACUAGUCUUCCAUGGAUCCGUGAAGAAAUCGAAAGGGCCUUUUGUUCAGACUUUGGCAUUGUUCAUGAAGCAUUACGUUGGGACUCAGCAAAUGGAUCUGGCUUUAAAAUGUAUUGAAACAGCUGCAACACAAAGUGAAAACAGCAACUGGUUUCCCCACAUUGACAGUAUUGAUGUGUUGAUGAAGUAUUUUGAGAAAGAGAGAGAUGUAGAGAGUGCUGAGAAGCUAAUGGGGAUUUUAAAGAGACUGAAAUGUGUUGAUGAUAAGGUGUAUGGUCUGUUGCUGCAGACUUAUAUAGCUGCUAAUAAAAUGGAUCCGGAUAUGCGCCACAGGAUUCAAGAAGAUGGCAUUUUGGUAACCACAGAGCUCCAGCACAUGCUUAAAAAAGUUUGCCCCCUGUAG